CAUUUUGGCCGUUAAUUUGGUUGCUCCAAAACGAUGAAUGUAUAGUUCUCCUCCUCCUCCUCCUCCUCCUUUCACAGCAAAUCUUCUGUCUACUGUUAUCUCUCCCCAAGGAUUGAAAAUGGCGAGUGGACUCUCAGCUUCACACCGCCUUUUCAGCACACAGUCCAUGCACCAUCCAUUCCAGUGUUUUUUCUACUCAUCCAACUCUCCUCACAAGCCACCUUCAAUCCUCGUUCAGAGCCCUAAUUGUUCCGUUCGUCUUCGGGCCGUCCCCAAAUCGUCACCGCGCAAGAGCUCUGCCACUUCUCUCGACCCCUCUGUUCAGGAACCCGUCACUCCAAUCUCGAGUGACCGGGUCAAGCCUCCGGAGUCGAGCCCCGGCCCGGUUUCAUCGCCGUUGAAUUCCCUUUCUCUUCUUCUUCGUCGCUUAAGAGAGGGGCUGAAGGUUGAUGAACUAGGAUUGGAGAUUUUGUCUAUUGCACUGCCGGCUGCGCUGGGUCUUGCCGCCGACCCGAUUGCUUCACUGGUCGAUACGGCAUUUGUUGGCCAUUUGGGAUCAGUUGAAUUGGCUGCCGUAGGUGUAUCCAUUUCAGUUUUCAAUCUGAUAUCAAAAUUAUUUAAUGUUCCUUUGCUCAACAUCACAACAUCCUUUGUUGCUGAAGAGCAGGCGUCAGUUGCCAUGAAUGAUGAUGUGUCUAAUAUAAUUAACCAAGAUGAUGUGGCUGGAAACCAGGGCAAGAUGCUUUUUCCUUCAGUGUCAACUUCCUUGGCUCUAGCUGCUGGCCUUGGCAUUGCAGAGACUGUAGCACUUUCUCUUGGGUCCGGUUUCUUAAUGAAUACCAUGGGUAUACCUGCUGACUCACCAAUGCGUGUACCAGCUGAGCAAUUCCUUACCCUGCGGGCUUUUGGUGCUCCACCAAUUGUAUUAGCACUUGCAGCACAAGGCACUUUUCGGGGAUUUAAAGAUACAAAGACACCUCUAUAUGCAGUUGGUGCAGGCAACUUAUUGAAUGCACUAUUAGAGCCAAUUUUGAUCUUUCUCUUUGGUUUUGGGAUUGGUGGAGCUGCAAUUGCUACUGUGUUUUCUGAAUAUUUGAUUGCUUUUAUCCUUUUAUGGAAGUUGAAUGACAAAGUAUUACUUGUUUCUCCAAAGAUUGAUGGGGAAAGAGUUGUUCAAUAUCUAAAAUCUGGUGGGCUUCUAAUUGGCAGAACUUUAGCGGUACUAGUGACAAUGACAUUAUCUACAUCAAUUGCAGCAAGAGAAGGCCCCAUACCUAUGGCGGGCCAUCAGAUCUGUUUACAAGUUUGGUUGACAGUAUCUUUACUCACUGAUGCUUUAGCACUGUCUGGCCAGGCUCUUCUUGCUGGUGAUUACUCGCGAGGGAAUUUUGGUCAAGCACGCCAAGUGGUUUACAAAGUUCUACAGAUCGGUUUACUGACAGGAGUUGCCUUGGCUGUGGUGUUGUUUCUUGGGUUUGAAUCACUCUCUGGCUUAUUUAGCAAUGAUACAGAAGUUCUGAAAAUUGCAUGGUCUGGACUUCUGUUUGUUGCUGGAUCUCAGCCAAUUAAUGCUCUUGCUUUUGUUCUUGAUGGGCUCUACUAUGGGGUCUCAGAUUUUGGAUAUGCAGCAUACUCAAUGGUGCUUGUUGGAAUCAUUUCAUCAAUAUUCUUACUUGUUGCUGCUCCUGCAUUUGGUCUUGCUGGAGUCUGGACAGGGUUGUUUCUAUUUAUGACCUUACGGGUGGCAGCAGGAAUCUGGAGGCUAGGAACAAAAGAUGGACCGUGGAAAUUGGUUUGGUCCGAGUUGGAUCAGGAAAAUUCCCGGAUUGAUGGAUAAAUUCUGAUCAGCGAUCUACAUUCUCCCCUCUGCAUAAUAGUCAAUUUCACCAGUCUUUUGAACCAAUGACACGAGAACCAGUUGAUACAUUUAUUCAGACCACAAGCUGACUUAAAUACGAGCAUUAAACUUGAAGGCCACGAGUUGGUUUUGGGAUGCAUACCUCGAGUACUAUGACCAGGCAUGAUGGCUUUUUGUGAGCCAGAAGCAGUCAAUGCUAGAUUGAUAGGCACCUGCAAAACAAAUGGAUGAUCAAAUAUUGCGCAACGACAAGAGGAGCUGAUGUGAUGGAUGGUGAAAUAUUGGAUGAAGGACAGGGGAGGUGGUAGUGGUUCCUCCCCUUUUCUAGACUACUUCUCGUUCAGCGAAACUGUUAAACUGUCAGGGUGUGUAUACUUGACCCAAAUACAAAAUGUGAUUCUUAUGUAGCUCAGAAUUUUGUAUGCUUUGACCCUUUUUUUUUACCCCUUGCUGCUGCAACAGCUUGAUAUGAUUUGAAUUUUUCAGAGCCUUAAUGUUAAUAUGCCUUUGUUUUCUGAA